AGUGUCAUUUCUUUUUUGUAACUGUUGUUAACAAAAUAUAGACUUUUUGAAAUAUUUUUAAUUUUUUUAUUAAAUUAAGUUUUAAUUUUUCGAUAGAAAUGCGUAAUCUUAUGGUAGCUUUGUAUUGCAAGUGAUAUGAGAGAUCCGUUUGUAUUCAUAUUUGUUUAAAAAAUAUUAUGCGCGAUAUUUAUUACGUUUGAAUAUUGAAGAAGAGGAAAUGAAAAAUGAAUAACUCCUCCGAUUAUUCUACGAUCAUCUGGUCUGAGCCACAUUGCUCUAAAGAUGCACUUACGGACACUUACGGCUGGUUUAUGCAAUUCCUUUUGGCAGUCUUGGCGUUUACAUGCCUAAUUGGUAAAAGAUUCUGUGAACCUCGCUAUGCUAGGAGACCAUGGCUGAUUUGGUUCUAUGACACUUCAAAACAAGGUCUCGGAGCUUUUCUUAUUCAUGCAGCAAAUGUAUGGCUUUCACCGUACCUCACAGGAAACCCUUGUACAUGGUACAUAGUUAAUUUCAUGCUGGACUCCACACUAGGGCUGCUAAUAAUCUGGGCAGGCAUAAGACUAGCUCAGCAUUGCGCCAGGGUAUAUGAUAUACCAUUGAUAAACUUUGGUGAAUAUGGCAAGCCACCGAUGUGCUCGGCGUGGAUAUGCCAGUGCGUGCUGUACGCAGCGCUGGCAACGUUCGCCAAGUCGAUACUGGCGCUAGUGCUGCGCUUGCCGCCAGUGGUAGCCGUGCUGUCGACGCUGCGACUGUCGCCGGUGUCCGACCCGCGCCUGGAGCUGGCCGUGGUCAUGCUAAUCAUACCCUUCUUUAUCAACAUAUUGAUAUUUUGGGUGACUGACAACUUCCUCAUGUAUCGACCUAGAGGUGUUAACAGCAAAAUCAAAACGAAGGUGCGUUACCAGUCGAUAAAGAAAGAGAAGUCAGGGUCCGAAGACGAGGAGCAGUCAGCCGACGAGCGCCUGCUCGCUGCCAACGUAUGACACACGCCUGCGCGCAGAGCGUAAACCUUUACCUGUGUAUAUUAUUUGUAACAAUUGUAUAUAGAAAACAUCAUCUGGAUCAGGGUCAUCAUUAUCAACUCAUAUUCGGCUCACUGCUGAGAUCGAGUCUCCUCUCAGAAUCAGGAUUAGGCCUUAGUCCCCCACGCUGGCCCAAUUGGCAGACUUGACACACAACUGAAAAGUUGGAGGUGCCCCGGACCGGAUUCGAACCCACACGCUCUGGAAUCGGAGGCAGAAGUCAUAUCCUUUACUGGUAUAUAAUAUUAUAUAUAACAAUUUUAUAGAGAGAAAACAUCACCUGGAUCAGGGUCAUCAUUAUCAACCCAUAUUCGGCUCACUGUUGAGCUCGAGUCGCCUCUCAGAAUUAGAGGGGUUAGGCCUUAGUCCACCACGCUGGCCCAAUUGGCAGACUUGACACACAACUGAAAAGUUGGAGGUGCCCCGAACCAGAUUCGAACCCACACCCUCCGGAAUCGGCGGCAGAGGUCAUAUCCACUGGGCUAUCACGCCUUGAAACCAUUACCUGUGUAUAAUAUUAUAUGUAACAAUUGUAUAAAGAGAGAAAACAUCACCUGGAUCAGGGUCAUCAUUAUCAACCCAUAUUCGGCUCACUGCUGAGCUCGAGUCUCCUCUAAGAAUGAGAGGGGUUAGGCCUUAGUCCACCACGCUGGCCAAAUGCGGAAUGGCAGACUUCACACACGCAGAGAAUUGAGAAAAUUCUCUGGUUAGGUUUCCUCACGAUGUUUUUCCUUCACCGUUUGAGACAUGUGAUGUUUAAUUUCUUAAAAUGCACACAACUGAAAAGUUGCAAGUUGCAAGAUUUUCUGUCUAAUAUAAUCUGCUUCAGCGUCCCACAAAUUCAUUGAAAUUUGCUCAGCCAUGAAAAGCACAUAGACUUUCGUGUUUAUAAUAUUAGUAUGAAUUAUGAAAAUACUGCAUAAUGGGGAAAAGGAAUAAAGUUAACGAGUGAGGUUUUAAUAUUCUUAAAAAGUAUCUUUAUGGUUGCAUAUUCACUAACUUGGCAUGUUACAAAUAGCAACUUUGCCUGAUGGUAAGUGAUAAAGUAAUCUAAGAUGAAAGCGGGCUAACUUGUUAGGAGGAGAAUCAAAUCCACACUCCUUUCGGUUUCUACACGACAUCGUACCGGAACGCUAAAUUGCUUGGCGGUACGUCUUUGUCGGUAGGGUGCUACCACUAGCCACGGCCGAAUGCUCCCACAAGCUAGACCUGGACCAAUUAAGAAAACCUCAAUCGGCCCUGCCGGGGAUCGAACCCAGGAUCUUCAUCAUUAAAUCCACCACGUAUACCACUGCGCCACGGAGGCAUUGUAAAAUUGGUACCAAAAUGAUUGUUGUAUGAUUACACACGAUAUAGUAAAUAUUUUUUGAAUUCGCGUUCAGGAUCAAUGUCCGUUUAUUUGAAUAAAUAAACGAUGAAAUGCCUGAAUUUCAAAUUUAGUAAAAUUUUAACUUUUUAUAUUUAUAUUAUAUUCACUUGUAUAAUUUAUAUUAUAUUUUUCUUACAUUCCGUAAAGUUAUUGAAGUCUCUAUGUGGUAUUUUGUGUUAUUAUCUGUUCCUUUGGUCCAUAAGUAUACUAAAUAUUUCGAUCUGUACAAGAAUCUCAAUUUUGAUAUGUAUGGACAGAUAGAUAGAACAGAGAAACACAAUAUAUUAAAUAACUUUGAUUCUUAAUUUCCUAAUGUGAAUAAUCUUGCUCCUUUCUCCUCAAUGUGUGACGUUCAACUGUCAAUUACUCAGUGAAA